GCGACCAGUAGUCACUUGGUAUGAUUCGACCGCUCGGUAAGCUACUCCACCAAACUACCCGCAAAAUGAUCCCCUCGGCGGACCCCGACUCCCGCGGCAGCCUGUACGAGUUCCAGCUGAAACCGUACAACCCGAUGCCACCGGUUCCUCCCAAGUCGCUGUGGCACCAGUUCAAGCGGAUCGUCUACUUUGUCGAGUUCCUGUUCAAAAGUAUCCCUCUCUGGCUGCGAGUGUUCUCCAACUGGUUGUUUCCAAAGCCCCCGAAAAUCAUCACCAACUGGAAUGCCCUGGUCACGGGAGGCGCCAACGGGAUCGGCAGCGGAGUUGUCCGCGAGCUGGCCAAGUACGGCUGCAACGUGAUCAUCGCCGACUUGGACGAGGUCAACGGGGAGCGGAUCGUGCAAGAGCUGAAGAAAAAGCAUCUGAUCAAGGCCGGCUUCUACAGGGUUGACGUUUCGGAGUACGACGCAGUCGUGCAGCUAGGCCGCAAAAUCGAGCACGACUUUGGCCCCGUUGACAUCCUGGUCAACAAUGCGGGCGCCCUGCCGUUCUCCGUCCCCGACGAGUACUCGCCGGCGAAUCUGCAACGCAUGAUGGACGUCAACGUCCUGAGUCACUUUUGGACCGUGAAAACCUUCCUGCCGGGGAUGUACGAACGGCGCCGGGGCCACGUCGUCGGUUUGUCCUCCCGCAGCGGCUACGUUCCCACGGGGUACAUGCGCAACUACGCCACCAGCAAGUACGCCGUGCGCGGGUUUAUGGAGGAACUGCACGACGAAAUCUUCCAGGCCGGGUACGAGGGAGAGGUUGUGACGACCAGCGUUUUUCCUGCCGUGAUUGGCACCCGGAAGGAGUCGAUUGGGACGCUGCUUACGCUACCUGGAUACUCCGAGAUGGAAGUUACCACCGUAGAGGAGUGUGGCAGGCAGAUUGUGAACGCAAUUCGACACAACAAACGGAAACUGUUCGUGCCGGAUGUCUUCCAAACGUGGCAGCUGGCGCUGUUUGAAGAUCUUCCGAGAGAAAUUACCCGGCUCUUGAAAGAAGAGCUGUUUAAACGCUAAAUUAAGCGUGAGAAGAAUUAUGUCUGAACCGAAAAUAAAAUCAAUUUCUGCAUCCUUUCUACUUGAAAGAUUCACAGA